CUACGGCACAGCAACGCUUUUCUUAACCGUGGCUGCGUUGCUGUUCUCAUAGACAAAUUAGGUUAGUGACUUCUCCUGGUGAAUUAUAAGGUAAUGUUUAGUCGACGCAGCAUGGGCACCCUUGUUGAUAGACAGUGUUAAGUUAACCUCAGUGAAUCGUCCGUUUGUGGUACUGGGGUCGGAAUGGCAACUUUGACGCCACUGUGACGCGAGGAGGACGCGUGUCCGGAUGGACGUGUUUUAGGUUUUUCCAUCGUCGUCGUCAGGGCAUUCAUGUUCAUCCUCAAAAUGCUAUCAAGUUUUCGACGCAGACGUGGCGUGUACUUUCUGACAGUUGUGUUGCUGUGGGUUGGAGUGACUUAUCUGAUGUGGACACACCUGGAUGGUGAAGGAUCGUCCUGGCCGAGGAUCAGGGGAGACUUCUUUCCAAGGGAGGAAUACAGAAUAGCGACAGGAAGGGUGGGUCCCGCAAAGCGUCACGGGGACAACAAAGUGCACAAGGCGUAUUCGUCCAAGAAAGCCGGAGUAGGCGACGUUGAGAGGAACGUUAAAGAUGACGCCGGCAACGCUACGGUUGUGUUCAGAGGUGACUUGCCUCCUGAACCCAUGCCUAAUGAACCAGACUUUGAUGUUGUGCGACAACUUUUCAAUAUUACAAAUGCUGGCGAUGGCGGUAAAGCGUUUAAAAUAGACCCUCAAAGGUUACCCCCAGAGGAGCAAAUGAAGUAUGAAACUGCCUUCAGAAAGAACGCCAUGAAUGAAUACGUCAGCAACAUCAUCGGCGUGAGACGGAGACUGAGAGAUCCAAGAUUGGAGGGCUGUGCCGAGCGUUACUCCUCCGCCGGUCUCCCCCAGACCAGCAUCAUCAUCUGUUUCGUCAACGAGGCGUGGUCAACGUUGCUAAGGCUGGUUCACAGUAUCCAUGACAACACCACGCCGCACCUGGUGAAGGAGGUGAUCCUCGUCGACGAUGGCUCGUCAUGGGAUUUUCUGGGCAGGCCGCUGGACGUGUACAUGGCUCGGUUCCCCAAGGUGCAGAUAGUCCGAGCCACAAAGGGGCUGGGGCUGAUGGUGGCGAGGACGCUGGGCUACAACUACACCACGGCGCCCGUCAUCACAUUCCUGGACUCACACUGUGAAUGUUUCCCAGGGUGGCUUGAGCCCCUGCUGACCCCUCUAGCCACGGACCCCAAGGUGGUGACCACGCCCUGUAUUGACAGCAUCGACAGGAACGACUUCGGCAUUGGUGUGGGGCCAGAUGUGUUGGUAGGGGUGGUGGAGUUCCCGACACUGCAGUUUGGCUGGCGACUUCAGCCCCCAAGAGAGAAGAAACGGAGGAAGAGCAAGCUGGAGCCUGUCAGAUCCCCAGCAAUGGCGGGGGGCCUCUUCUCCAUCACCCGGGAGUAUUUCGAUCUUCUGGGAGGAUUUGACCCGGGGAUGAAGAUCUGGGGCGGGGAGAAUAUUGAGAUGUCGUUUAAGAUCUGGAUGUGCGGCGGGCGGAUUGAGACGCCCAUCUGUUCACGUGUCGGUCACGUGUUUCACAGCCACAGCAGCUACCGGGGACUCCGUGAAGGGGCCUUCGUGGCCGGCGAGGCAAACAACGCCCGUGUUGUAGAGGUGUGGAUGGAUGACUACAAGAAGUACUACGGCCACUACAGGAGACCGAUGAGUAAAAAACGCUACCAACCAGGAGAUGUCUCUGAACGCGUGAUGCUGAGGGAGAGAAUCAGAUGUAAGCCUUUCUCCUGGUACAUCCAAAACGUAUACCCGGAAGUGGCCCUGCCUGGAGAUGGCGUGUAUUCAGGGGAGAUACGUAACGAAGCCUUUCCGAAAAAGUGCCUUGACAUGAUGACGUCCAAAGAAGGGGGUCACCCCGCCAUGUUUGACUGUCAUGGGCAGGGGGGUACCCAGUUAUUCGACAUGACAGAUCUUGACGAGAUUGUGUCCUUGAACCGUUGUCUGGCCCGUGUGCAUGGUGGUGUGUCUAACUACAAGAGCAACUGGGCGUCACGGGACCACAUCUGGGAAUACAAGGACAAGUUAAUACGCCGACACAAUAAUUGUUUGACUGUGAACGCGACGCAGCAUGUCGUGAUGGGGGAAUGCUCUGGAAAGAAGUCCCAGCAGUGGACGUGGAACUAUCACAGACCGCGGAGGAAGACUGUGCUAAGGAUUGAAGAAAUGUGAAAAAUCUUGUGUCGGUUCAUCGGCGGCGUAUACUUAAGUCAGCAGAGUUGUGCCCCUUUGAUAUAUAUAUUAAGUUAUCGUAUCCAUAUUGCCCGAUCCGAUGUUGCGUUGACGGGGACCCUAAACAUGAAUAGCAGAUGAUCGACAGUAAACGGAUCGACCUGAACCAGCGUGUUUCACCGAGGAACCAUUUGAGUGUUCGUGCAUGACGUCACCGGAAGUGUUUCAUUGUAAAAAGACAUUUGUAAGCUUCAUUUUUGGACUUGACAUGGCCUAGGAGUGUCGCUCUUCAACACUUGACAUGAGGUCAAGGACGCCAGUUCCGCCGUAGGGCAUGUUUCACGCUAGACGUAACGUGACGUUUGCGAGGUGUCUGACGCUUCAGGGCGUGACAAGAGAUCAAUGAUUCAUGCCAUGUUACGAGAGUGUGCGGGCGUGCUUGCGUGCGUGCGUGCGUGCUUGCGUGCGUGCCUGCAUGUGUGUGUUGUUUGACGUUGUUAUGUUCCAGCUAUAUGACGGCGAUCUGUAUUUAAUCGAGCCUGGGCCAGACAAUCCAGUGAUUGAUAUUGUAACCAAAAUUCCUGUUCCAGCAAGGUUAACACGUACUUAAAGGAUCACACUUAAUUACAACCCUUUAUGACAGUGGAACAACUACCAGCCUUCAAACUAAUUUGAACUGUGGUACCAGCAUCAUGUUGUAUGUUAUAAGGUUGACAUACCUUUUAGCAGUGUUUUUCCCAGUUACAGAAUCAAGUAUAACAGUAAACUCGAGUCACGUCAGUCAUGUUUACAGUCGCCAUCUUUGAUUUUCUGACCUCACGUUUGCGUGUCAUGUGACCUUACGUCACCUAUAAAUAGACCUGUCAAGGUGAACUUCGGGGCUGCAAUUUUGACUUUGACAAGCAAGGUAGGGUUCCACGGUUACGUCACAGCUAAAUUAUAUCUUUCGCAUUCUAAGAGAUUUUUAUUGUAUAGCUUCUAAUCUAAAUGGCUAUAUCAAUACUUGGUCUGCUCUCUAAGUAUUUGAUUGUGGAUUAGUGAUUAUUUACCUUUGUGGACAUCCGGAUGACGUUUUUUUUAACGUCCGGAUGACGUCUGACAGUUCCGAGAUUCCGACAGCCAUUCCGGAUUCAUUCCGACGGAAUAUUCCAAGAUCGUAAUUAUUCAAGCAUACAAGUUACAGUUACAGUUACAGAUAUCACAAGUCGCAAGUGAUUUGUCAUCCGUAUAAAGUAUUACAGUUUAAAGCCUAUAUUUAGAUGUUUUGACAGUCGUCGAUUGUCAUCGCGAUCCGGGGGGUCCGAGGUCAUUCCGACCGGAUUGUUUACAUUAUCAAGUCGCGUGAUGAUGCCAUCAUAGUCAAUGGUUUUUAUCUACAUAUGUUUAUAGGGAUCGUUCUAGAAUCGAUCCUAUAUAUUUAAUUCCAAGCUUUAAUUAGGAUAUGACUUCAUGCUGACUUAAAUCGCAGUUUGACAGCUCUCGGAGGUGUGGCCUCAUUGUCAUCCAUUCUGGGUCACAUGACUUCCGGAAUGUAUUGUUUACAUUACAUGGAUCCAGUUCCGGUUGCAGCCAAGUUCGGACACUUUCAAGUUUCAAAGUUUAUUGUACAGUUUAAUUGUUUUAACAGUUCACAUAUAUUAAUCGUGGGAGGGAUACAGACAAGUACCGGAUUCUAGAGCCACGAUGUGACAGACAAUGCCGAGCGACUGAUGUUUCCAGUACAGUUCAAAGCCGGUAUCGCGUCUCGCGAUCUCGAGGCCAUGUACAAGCU